ACGUGGCCUUGGGCGGUGCUGCCCGUGUGGGUCGGCCAGGCAAGAGCCCAACCUGGACUGGACGCGCUAAGCCGUGUGCCCGCGGACGGCCGCCCCUGAUGCAGCCGCAGCCGCUGCCGCUGGAGGAGGCCCGCAGGGACGGGGCCGAGAACACCCAGUGGUCCAGGCCCGAGUGCCAGGCGUGGACGGGGACGCUGCUGCUGGGCACGUGCCUGCUGUACUGUGCCCGCGUCAGCAUGCCCGUGUGCGCCGUGUCCAUGAGCCAAGACUUCGGCUGGAACAAGAAGGAGACCGGCACUGCGCUCAGCAGCUUCUUUUGGGGCUACUGCCUGACGCAGGUGGUGGGCGGCCACCUGGGGGACCGGAUCGGCGGGGAGAAGGUCAUCCUGCUGUCCGCCUGCGCCUGGGGCUUCCUCACCGCCGCCACCCCUCUGCUCACCCACCUCAGCGGCGCGCACCUGGUCUUCAUGACCUUCUCGCGCAUCCUCACGGGCUUGCUCCAAGGCGUGUACUUCCCGGCGCUGACCAGCCUGCUGUCCCAGAAGGUGCGAGAGAGCGAGCGAGCGUUCACCUACAGCACCGUGGGGGCCGGCUCCCAGUUUGGGAUGCUGGUGACAGGGGCCGUGGGCUCCCUCCUCCUGGACCGGUACGGCUGGCCGAGUGUCUUCUACUUCUCGGGUGGCCUCACACUGCUGUGGGUGUGUUACGUGUACAGGUGCCUGCUGAAUGGAGAAGACCUCAUCCUGGCCUUGGGCAUCUUGGCGCAAGGCCUGCCGAUGUCCAGGCACACCAAAGUUCCCUGGAGACGGCUUUUCCGGAAGCCUUCAGUCUGGGCAGCCAUCUCCUCCCAGCUGUCGUCGGCCUGCUCCUUCUUCAUCCUGCUCUCCUGGCUUCCCACCUUCUUUCAGGAGACAUUCCCCAGCUCCAAGGGUUGGGUCUUCAACGUGGUGCCCUGGCUGGUGGCGAUUCCCGCCAGUCUGUUCAGCGGGUUUCUGUCUGACCAUCUUAUCAAUCAGGGUUACAGGACCAUCACCGUGCGGAAGUUCAUGCAGGUGAUGGGCCUUGGGCUGUCCAGCGUGUUUGCCCUGUGUUUGGGUCACACCUCCAGUUUCUGUACGUCUGUGGUCUUUGCGUCUGCGUCCAUUGGCCUGCAGACCUUUAACCACAGUGGCAUUUCAGUCAACAUUCAGGACCUGGCUCCAUCCUGUGCCGGCUUUCUGUUUGGUGUGGCCAACACAGCUGGGGCCUUGGCAGGUGUCGUGGGCGUGUGCCUGGGGGGCUAUCUCCUCGAGACCACAGGCUCCUGGACAUCCAUGUUCAACCUGGUGGCAGCCGUCGGCAGCCUGGGGCUGUGCACGUUCCUGCUGUUUGGAGAGGCCCAGCGAGUGGACCUGAGCCCUGCCCACGAGGACCUCUAGCUGCCCCUGUCCUACGGUUCCUUCAGUGCCAUCUCCCUUGGGUGACAGGCUGUUUGCGAGCCUCCCGCUCCGGACGGAGCAAGCAGAGGGAGGGUGAGCCGUAGCCGAGUCGGGCAGCUCUGGGGGGAGCCUCGGUUUCUCCAGCGAGGUGAUCGCGCCCUCCUCCAGGGCUCGUGGACUGUCAGUGGGGAGAGGAAUUAGUAUUUUUAAUAGUGGCUGUGUCGUCACACACGCAGUCUGUUCCAUGUAGAUCCACGUGCCCCCGAGGUCAUGACGGUGGGAGGGUUUCCCGUCACUGCAGGGGCUGGGGUACCGCUGGCCGAGACUCACCCCCCCACCCCCGGCACGUGAGGCCGGAUCAUUCUUCGUGGGGAGAGGGGGACUGUCCUGUGCACUGUGGUUGCAUACCUGGCCCCCACCUACAAGGUGACCCCACCCCCACUCAUGACAACCAGCAUCACCACGUGUCCCCAGGGGAACCACCCAUGGGUGGGAACCACAGCUCUCAUGAAGGCCAUUAGCAGCUGUGGCAUCAAUGCUUCUUCAGGAAGCCAGACUGAGACCCCGAUUCAGUGGGCGGGCCGUGGACUAGAUGCCCAUCUUUGGGGACCUACCCCGCCUCCCCUGUGGGUCCUUGGCACUGGCGAAGUGUUCUGCCUCCCUGGCAGCCACUGACGCCAGCAUAAGGGGACUGUGGGUCUCUCUCCUGCCCAGGGUGCUCCCUGGGAUCAGAGAGCCUCCCGCAUAGUCCUUCUCUCCUAACAGAGGAACUGGUCGCCUUGGGGAUUAAUAAAAGGUCCUGCAAGAUGUAUACAUAGAAAACAGAAACUGAGAACGUCGAAGAAUCACCCCGGAUUUAUUUAAAUGAUGGCUAUUAAACUGGAAAAGGAAGACUGUUACUUUA